AUGUUAUUGGAAAAAGCCAACAUUGUCAAGAAGUACAUCACGGUGCAGCAGAUGUCGAAAAAGGAAGUACCGCACAGACCAAGUACAUCAGCACUUUACACAGACUUUAUUUUGGAAGCCAAAAAAAGAAAACUUCAACACUGUGAAUUGAUAAAAUAUCAGGACGAUUUUAAACACUCAAAUGUUAUGCGGUAUUCGCUGCACUGUUUCAUAAUGGACCAACCACCAAAAAUUCAAGCAGACGUAGACAAUCUUGUAGACAUAAUGAAGACAACAUUCAACAUAGCUGCUAUCAGUGCAAUUGAAGAAGCAACAAGAAUGCAGUACAAGAGCAGCUUGUGGUAUGAGAUGAGUUCUAUAGAGAUAGAGGAAGAUUGUGGAAUAGUGGAGAAGUGGUAA